GUUACUAUUGGAGACCGACCCGAGUGACAGGGGCAGCAGCCACUGUGGCGAAGGCCUUGUGUGGAGGGGACGGUGGUUGCCAUGGGAUACCGAUUUGAGUGACAGGAGAGCACACGCUGGCGUGAGCACCCGGAGGCGAGGGCGUUGCUAUUGGAGACUGAUUGGAGUGACGGGAGUUCCAGCCACCGGAGAAAGUUAUUGCAAACUAAUUAUUUGAGGGAAUCUGUCCUUAAAAAUCAAAUUGCUGCAAGCACUCAGGACUGAAGAAGUUGGAGGCUGAUCAGCAAGAAAGGAGGGAAAAGAAAAGACACUAGUGACAUCUUAAUGUUAGAUCGUGUUGCUCAUUUGAGGCAGCAGACUCCACCUUAAAUAUGACAGAAAACAAUUUUCCACCGCUCCCAAAGUUCAUUCCGUUGAAACCAUGUUUUUACCAGGAUUUUAAUGAGAUUCCAGAACCCCACAAAGUCCUGGCAAAACGCAUUUACUACCUUUGGAUGUUGAACAGCAUCACACUUGCAGUGAAUCUGAUUGGCUGUCUAGCUUGGUUGAUUGGAGGAGGUGGAGCUGUCAACUUUGGACUGGCCUUUCUCUGGCUGAUUCUGUUCACACCAUGCUCUUAUGUUUGCUGGUUUAGACCAAUCUACAAGGCCUUCAAGUCAGAUAGUUCAUUCAAUUUUAUGGCAUUCUUCUUCACGUUUAUGGCCCAGCUGGUAAUCAGCAUUAUUCAAGCAGUGGGAAUCCCUGGCUGGGGAGUCUGUGGCUGGAUAGCUACAAUUACCUUCUUCGGGACAAAUGCAGGCUCAGCGGUUGUGAUGCUCAUCCCAACUGUGAUGUUCACAGCAGUGGCUGUGUUGUCUUUCGUCGCUCUAACUAAGGUUCAUAACUAUUACCGUGGCAGUGGUGGCAGCAUGAGCAAGGCACAAGAGGAAUGGACCACGGGUGCGUGGAAGAACCCACAUGUACAGCAGGCAGCCCAGCAAGCUGCUGUGGGUGCAGUGCAAGGGACCAUGCAAAGCCCACAGUACAAUGAAUAUUCGGACACUCCCAACUACGCGUACAACAAUCAGAUGUAAGCCUGCUGCGUUAAUGCACCCUCACCAGUUUACAGAGCCUCUCCUGGGUUCGGUUGGGACAUGCAAAAAUUUUUUCUUUCCUUCCCCUCUUCCCCCGUAUGUAUGAUUCAGAGAGCUCCCUAUUCUCCAAAAAUGGCUAUUUGUGGUGUACUCUUUUUUUUAAAAAAAAAAACGAAACUGUGGUGGCUGUAGAACAAUGUGCAAAUACCUUUUAAAAGAUGUGAUCUUAUUGGUAUUGAAAGUAUUUGUGAUGAAAUAGGUCACUUCCAACUUAAGCAAAAAGGUUUUUUUAAAAAAAACCAUCUGUGCACGCACAUACAUGCACAGGAUAAUAUCUGGUAGUUUAAUAACACUGCUGACCAUAUUGCUAGGAAUAAUCAGGUAUUUUCUGGAUGGGUGCAGAACUCCUUGCCCUUGUAUUACAUUGCACUCCCACCCAGUAUUGUUAGUUUUGAUGUAUCUUAGAGCAACGUUGAGUGUACCCGCAGAGCUGUUCUGUGAAACGCUUAUUGUCUAAUCCAGUUUAUAGAGAUAAUAUAAUGGCACUAAAUAACAAAAGACCCCAGAUUAAUCAUGACUUGUAGCUGUACAGUGAUCAAAUCUGUACCUGUAAGGGAUCAUGGUCUAGUAAAUACAUGAGGGUCUUUGAGUUCACCAUGGAUUACUUCUCUCACUUUUGAAAAGACUUGCUUCUUACCCUUGUACCUAAUUGGACCCUUCAAUAAGCACACACUGAAUUUUCAAAAGAAAUUUCUGGUACUGAUUGUUGUAAAUUAAAGCUAAUACAGAAUGUUUUAAGUUCACUUUGUGUGGAACAGACAACAUAAUUUGUAAUCAUCCUAUUUGGAAGCUUCAGUACUCCUGCAGUACUUACUGAAGACUGGAUAACGUGUAGGAAAACGUGUUUAAUUUGCUUAUUUUCCAUUUUGCUUACUGACUGUGCACACUUGCUAAAGUGAGGUUUAUUUUGCAAUGUUUUUAAUUAAGGGGUAGAUCUGUUUAUUUAACAAUCUUCGAGUAUUGAAAUGACUUGUAUGCUGAAAAAGACUGGUUGAUUCUCAGUCUGUGCCCUUGCAAUGUUCAAAUGCAAAUAUUGCAUGUACUUUUUGCUAAACCCUAACCUGGUUAAACUUCGCUGGUAUUUGGUUUGAGUUUAAGUGAACCAUAUCUUUGCAGUGCAGUCAUGCUUUGUCUCUCGUGGACUUUGAAGGCUGGAAUACUAAUAAUUGUAAAGAUCUUGUCAUAAUGCACAAGUAUAAUUUAUAUUAAGUUGGUAGCUGUAAUUUGAUUCUUGUCAUUUAAUUUUUAAACUGUUCUGAAUUUGUUCUCGGUUUAUUUCACUUUAAAGAAUUGAAAUUGUAUGUUUUCGAAAGUGUAUUAGCCUUUGAUUCUGAAAGGAAAAUCAGGUAUAGCAACACACAAUACUACUGAAAUGUCAGGAAGUGUGUCAAUAAUAUUGCUUUAUAUCCCUAACACUAUUAGUGGCCGCUUCCCAGGUACUUCGCUUCCUCUCGCAUAAUGUCGUCAGAUAGGGCUAAAAGAGUGCCCCUGAAAAUUGAUACUGUGAAGUAACACAUGAUCACGAAACUAAUGCACUUAAAAACAGGACUGCUAGGUUUGGGACUUGAAUAUAUAACUGCAAGCAAUAAGCAGUAACUUUAUUUGCAUCCACAUUGCUGUAUUAUAUACAUUCCUGAUGACAAAAGAUUCAGUUUGUGACUUAUUUUCAAAAUCUCUGUCUUGGUAUGUGGAAAUAUAUUUUAUUAUCCAUGAUUUAACUUAAGAUCUGCUUUGAAUUUUGUUGACCCAUUACAAAACUUGAAUCAUGAGCAUGGAUGGAUGGAUUGGUUAAGGGUCACGAAAUGAACCACAGUGCAAGAGAACACCUGUGGCACUUGCCAAUAGAAUCAAAUGCAGAGAUGUGGCCAGUUAAUGUUGUCCUACCAAGCCAAAUCAGACAAAAAGAAUCUUCUCUUGCUGCUUAUCUCCUCCUGAAACUUUUCCAAAUUGUAGGGUCUCUGGUCAAAUCUUUAAAGUUGAUGAGAUUGAGAUUGUAUUUGUACAGCACAGUAGGGGAAAAAUGGGGACAAUUUGCUCAGAAUAGGUUUUAUUUUACUUUAAAAAUAAUCCAUUCUUGCUUGCAAAGCUGCUGCGAUGUUCAAUCUAUAACAUUCAUGUUUGGGGAGAGGCAUAAAAUGAAUUAAUUUUAUAUAAUAAAUAUAAUGACAAAUUAGAAGAAAUUAAAAUUGUGUGAACUAAGAUUGAGCAUAAGAAGUGUACAUAAGACUAUUUAAUCUGUACAUUGAAACUUGUGGUAUUAGUAUGGACUUAGUAUAAAUCGUCAUUAGCUGCGUCUGUUCUAGCUGGUUUGCCUUCGGUUUACACAUAGUGGUUGUUUUGACCUGCGUGUCUCUCACUGGUGAUUGCUGUAGAAAAAGUGCUCCACAUGGUACAAGCAGUGCAUAACUUGUUAAUAUGCAUUUCCUUUUUAAAAAGUGCAUUUACAAAAUUAACAUUUUCUAGCUGUUUUAUCAUAAUCCCCAAAUUUUGGAUUUAGAUCAUUUUAUUCUAAAGCCAGUGUUUUUAAAGACAUGAUGGCAUUUGGCAUUCUUGUUGUUAAAAUGAUGAUCAGAUUAUAUUUUUCAGAUACUAGCGCUUAGAAAAUGUUCUAUCCAGAUUAAGAAGUCGAAUUGCACUUUUGAGGAAAUGUUAUGCCAUUUGGCCCAAGCAGUUGUAGCACUUUGAAACUAUAUUUAAGUGAAAUAUGUUCUCUCUAUUGCACAAUAGCAGUUAAGCGAAUGCUGAACACUUCUUGCUCACAAAGCAGAAAUCCUUGCAUGUUAGUUCUAUAAAUUAUGCCCUUUAUGUUUCACAAUAAAAUAUCUUUGAGUAGUUUCCUUUUCUUAAUGAUUUGCUGUAAAUAGUUGAAGUGACUUUAAAAGCAAUUCUUUAUUAUGAAGAGACUUCAGGGUGACUGGUCAUCGUUUGGGAACACUAUUCUAACUGCUGCUUGAUUCCAUACUAGAAUCCUUGCUUUAAAAUAGUUGACUGCCCUCUUAAUGUACCUCAGAAUUAUUUCAGGUACUUCAUUCUGUCCCAGGCACACAACAUUGUGCUACGUACUAAUCAAAAAUUAAUGCACUUUUCCUCCUAUUGUUGUCCCUUUUUAAUAUAGGGGAAUUACAUUGGUGCAGACUCUUAAAAAGUCCAUACAUAACCUACAUACAAGGUGUUUGCUUGUAUAAAAUAGUUUGUUGGUUUAUCUAACACUAGGACCAAUUGGCAGUUGCAUUCUGGCACCUCUAUCUUGCAAGUGUGCAGGAGUUAUUGGCUAGCUCAAUAGACUGUAAGCAAAACUGUUAUUUUUGUGUUUUCUCAUCAAAUCUUUGUACCUGCCUUGAGGCAAAUUGAUCAUAAAGCGAACAUUAAUUUGUGCUUUUUUGUUUUAGUAUUUAAAACAAUUAGUUCGAGGUGAAAGAGGCUUUGAUGUAGAUUGCUGAUGGUGGCUAUUUUUCAUGCAGUGGAAGGAUGCCCAGACCCAAGAAUAUUUCUAUUCAGCCCUAAGCUAGCUGUCUGAUUGUAGGCACAAUGGGGUCAAAUUUCUCACAAUUAAACUGCAGAUGAGAGGCAUCAUUUUUAUUGCCAGUCGGCAUCUGAAAAUCAGUGUGUCAGCUAAAUAUAUAUUCUUGCCCCAAAACUGAAUUAAUUAAUUAAUGGAGCUGGAAUUUUCCAAUUUAAACAUUAUAGGUGGUUGCUAGCCCGGUCUCUGAAUGUUCAGCCAACCAGUUUGCCCCAUGUUGAUACUUGCUUACUUUUUUAUGCAUGAUAAGAAAAUAUGUUGAAAUAAACCCUGUUUCACAGUUACUGUGAUGCCAAUUUUCUUUCCUAACACAGCCAUGGCAAUACAAUAAGCUUGUGAUGACACUUUAUUGAUCCGGUCCUAUGCAUUAAAACAAGGUGAUUAAUCCAAAAUCUGAAGUUCCUGGCAGUUUGAUAAAGAACUUUUAUUUCUGUUGUAUUAUAGGUAUAUAGGAUUAAUUGGAUUUUUUGUACUUCAAAAGAAUUUUUUUAAGGAAAUUGAAUCACUUUUUUUGUUUAAUUUGCCUAGCUGCCUGAUUUUGUUUAUUUGCAAGUAACUUAUUUACAGUUCUUUGGUGUAUACUUCCAGCUUAAAGUGCUGCCCAGAAAUGAACCUUCAGGAACUCAGCAAUAGAUUUUUGUUUUUGAAGAAUUAAAAUAAAUUUGUUUCAUCCAAGCAUAGCAUUUUUUCCCUCUCAGCAGUUCCAACAUUGUAUAUGUUAUACAAUGAUAUUGAGGUUAGUGAAGCUACUUAGAAGUUUUGUUUUUCCUGCUUUUAGGAAACCAGAUUAAAUUGAUCAUUUAGCUUGCCUUGCUAGAAUCACUUUUUUCAUUUUAUUGAGCUUUUUUUUUUAAACUGACUUUUGCCUUUGCUUUCAAAUCCAGUGGCAUUCAGUUCUUUCUAAAAUAAGCAUUGCAUUACUAAACAGUCUAAACUUGUCAUUUAAAGGCUUUUUUGAUAGGCUAUCAAUUCCAAUUGAUUCUGAUAGCCAGGAUCGAGGUUCCUAUUUUCCUCCUCCUCCCCCUACUGGUUACCUGCAAGUAUAGCCAUGCUUGUAACUACUUGUCAAAUCUUCCAUAUUAUAGAAAACUCAAUUUGAGCAAUUCAAAUCUAAAUCUGGGUUAACCCCAGGCAGAGGGUUAAGAUAAAGUAAGUAAACUUAAGAAAUCAUGACACAAUAUGAAAAAUUUAUAUGAAAUAUAAAUUUUAUAUUAAUAUGAAAAACUUGGAGCUGCCAUAUUUAGAUUUCGAGUGAAUAAUGUUGACCAUUCAUCUAUACAAAUUUCACCAUCCAAAAACACUUGAAUAUUUGUAAAUAUAUUUUAAAAGUAGCAAGAUAUUAAUUGUGCUUUAUUAAGAAUUUGCUGUGUACUGCGGUCAUAUAGAAAUUUGUAUCUGUUGGUGACUUCUGGAACUUAAUUUGGUGAUACAGUCAAGGCAUUGGGAUUAAUUCAGUAUUAAUUUUUAAUUAUGAAUUAUGGUUUGAGCCAGAUUGAUGUACUAUUGCUGAGUGAACCUGUAUUAUUGUAUUUGAGUCAUAAUCUGAUGCAAAACAUGGAUACGUGUUUCCCCCUAUUAAUUUGGUGCUGAUGUUCGGUCAGUUGGAGGUUCGUUGUUUAACUCCUAAAUUACUGUCAUUCUAACUGCGCAGUGCAAUUGUUAACUCUCUGCAACUUAAAAGGGCAUUUCUACAAAAACAGCUGAAGAAUUGUUACUGUGUGUGUUUAAUAGCUACUCUGCUGAUACAUAUGCUAUAUAGAAAGUGUUGUCUGCAUUAUUUUAUCACUUUGUACAGUACAGUAAUUCUUCAAAAUUGUGUCUCUCUUUUCCUAUUGAGAAAUUAUAUCAUUGUCAUUUCAGUACGUCAAUGUGUCAGUGUCAUUCUGGACAAAUAAAUGAAAAAACCGGUGUUAUCUUGAA